AUGGACUACCUCAUCACCGAAGGGUACCCGUCCGCCGCGCGGAAGUUUGCUAUGGAAGCCAACAUCCAGCCACCUGCGGAAGAGGAUUCGAUACGACUGAGGGUAGAAAUCCGGAACGCCAUACAUGCUGGGGAUAUACAGAAGGCUAUCGAGAAGAUUAAUGAUCUGAACCCACAAAUACUAGACAUCGACCCGUCACUACAUUUUGCUCUUCUUCGCCUACAACUCAUCGAGCUCAUUCGGACAUGCAUGUCCAACCCCGACGCCGACAUAACCCCCGCUCUCACCUUCGCAUCAUCUCAACUCGCACCUCGAGCUCCCACAAAUCCCGAGUUCCUAGAAGACCUCGAGCGCACCAUGGCCCUUCUCAUCUUCCCACCGGAGAACCUGGCUCCGCCGCUCAAGGCACUCUUGGAUCCGUCAUUGCGGCAGACCGUCGCUGACAGAGUGAAUCAAGCCAUACUGUCCAGCCAAGGUGCACGCCGUGAGGCUAUGAUCAAGAACCUUGUCAGACUGCGUGCGUGGGCGGAGCAGAAGGCUCGGGAGGCGAAGAAGGAUAUCCCGUCUAGACUGAGUCUAGGACUUGAUUCUGAGGGAGAUGAACAUGAGGAUGAGGUCAUGAACGGGAAUGGUGAAGCUGACAUCAUGGUUUCAUGA